GGGUGGUAGGCGCUGCGCUCGCGGAUUGGCAGCGCGGGCCCGCAGUCGGCGCGAGGGUUGUUCGGGGCGCGUGGGGCCGGCGCGGCGCUCGGGCCUCGGCCUCCUUCCCUCUCGCGCCCCGGCAGCGGCGGCCGGGAUGGCUUCCGAUUCUGGAAGUUACAGUCAAUCUGGGGGCCAGCAGCAGAGCUAUUCAUCAUAUGGCAGUCAAGGCAAUCAAAAUUAUGGACAGGCACCACAGGGUUAUUCUGGCUAUGGGCAGAGUGGGGAGAGUUCCUCUUAUGGACAGAACUAUGGAAGUUAUCAAGGAAACUAUGGACAAAGUCAAACAGGUUGUGGACAAACUUCACAACAAGGAUAUGGCAGAGGAUCUGGUUAUGAAAAUAAGAAUCAGAGCUCAUAUGGCCAACAGUCUUAUGGCAAUCAGGAGCAACAAAAAGAAUCAUCUGGAGGUGGAAGAGCCUCUUCAUAUGAACCCAAGUCAAGCUAUGACCAGCAGUCGAGCUAUGGUCAGCAGCAAGGAUCGUAUGACCAACAGUCAGACUAUGGCCAGCAGCAGGGCUCAUGUGACCAGCAGUCAAGCUAUGAUCAGCAACAAGGUUCAUAUGGUCAGCAUCAGAAAUCCUAUCAAUCACAGCAAAAGGAAAGCUACAGUCACAACAUGCAAGAUGGUCGACGUGAAAAGAGUAGGUAUGGAGAAGAUAAUAGAGGAUACGGCGGUUCACAGGGAGGAGGUAGAGGGGGAUAUGAAAUGGAUGGAAGAGGUCAUAUGUCUGGAUUAACUGGUGGUGACCGUGGUGGCUUCAAAAAUUUUGGUGGUCAAAGGGAUUAUGGACAGAAAUCAGAUGCUGAUACAGAAUCUGACAACUCUGAUAACAACACCAUCUUUGUGCAAGGACUUGGAGAAGGUGUUUCGACAGAUCAAGUGGCUGAUUAUUUCAAGCAAAUAGGUAUUAUAAAGACUAACAAAAAGACUGGCAAGCUUAUGAUAAAUCUAUAUACAGAUAAGGAUACAGGCAAACCAAAGGGAGAAGCAACAGUAUCUUUUGAUGACCCUCCUUCUGCUAAAGCAGCCAUUGACUGGUUUGAUGGAAAGGAAUUCCAUGGCAACGUUAUCAAAGUUUCGUUUGCAACCAGGAGGCCUGAAUUUCUGAGAGGAGGUGGAGCAGGUGGUGGUGGCAGCGGACGUCGAGGUGGUUCACGAGGUGGAUUUGGAAGAGGUGGAGGCUUCCAGGGUAGAAGUGGGGAUCCCAAAAAUGGUGAUUGGAUUUGUCCUAACCCGAGCUGUGGUAAUAUGAACUUUGCUCGCAGGAAUUCCUGCAAUCAGUGCAAUGAGCCCAGACCGGAAGAUUCACGUCCAUCAGGAGGAGACUUUCGUGGGAGAGGUGGUUUUGGAGGUGAAAGAGGAUACAGAGGGCGCGGUAGCAGAGGAGGUGACCGAGGUGGUGGCUAUGGUGGUAAAAUGGGAGGAAGAAAUGACUUCAGAAAUGACCAGCGCAACAGGCCAUAUUAGAGACCCUUGUGAAUGUUCUUUUUGUCUCUUUGAUGCAGUCAGUAGUGAAAUUGCCGGAGUUUUGCCUGCUGCUUUACCCAUGGCCGCUUUUGGAUGGCGAAUGACAUGAAAUUGGAUUUUUAUUUUGGUGGGAGGGACUGGGGAAGUUUUUUUUUGUUUGUUUUUUUGGGGUUUUUUUUAUUGUUUUUUUUUUUUUAGCAAGUCCACUGAAAUUUCAUCUUUAAUUUCCAACAUUCUCCUGUUUUCUCCCCCUGAGCUCUUCAGCCGGCUAUAAGAAGGAACAGAAUGAACUGUAAAAUAUUGCCAAUAUCGAAAGUGUUUUGUAAUACAACAAUAAAAGCUGAUUGUUUUAUUUGUGAAAUCUUA